UAUGCGCAUGCGCAUUUUUUGGCGCAAUAUUUGGUUUCGUCUUGCGAAAGAGGACCUGCCUCAAGUUGAGACUACCUUAAUAAUGAGGAAGUCAUCCCUUGGAGCUGCGCGGGUUUCUAUUGGACCACGGCGUAUGCGAAAUGACCAACCACUCUCGUCUCUAAAGAGAAGCACAAGCGCCAGCAGACUAUCUUCUGGCAGCACUCACGCUUCACGCAGCAGUUCUGUUCCAGGUAGGCUGUCAUUCGGUAAUUCGCAAACUGGUGCUCGAAACUCAUUGGCUACUAGAGGAAGCUCUCUCAAGAGAACUUCUGGGUAUGGUCAUGCAAGCUACAGUGAUGGUCCGAAAAAAGAUCCUCGACCAAUCAGCAACCAAUCAUACAUGAAAGAGGAGAUCCGGAAGUUGGUUGAGUUUUUGAUACAGUGUGGUUAUCCACAUCAUAUCAGUCUGAAGCUGCUGUUGAGGCCAAUGGCUAAAGAUGUGCUGAGAAUUUUUGAGUUCCUUUAUAGGUUAAUAGAGCCAGAUUUUAACAUGCCAUCACACCAUGAAGAUGUCAUUCCAUCGAUCAUGAAGAAACUGGGCUACCCAUUCACAAUCAACAAGUCGUCUAUGUUCAACAUGGCAUCACCACACACAUGGCCUACCAUACUGGCCACUAUCUCCUGGCUUCGGGAACUAGUACAGAUGGCCUUUUACAUGGGAUCGAGGAUUGAGGAGAAAAUGUUUCCUCCUGCAGAUGAUGACUUUGACAUGGUUCCCCUUAACAAGUUACGAUAUGACUUUCUGGUUACAACGUACCAGAAAUACAUGGCUGGUGCUGAUAAGUUUGAUGAAGUGAUUGAGGAUGUAAAGAAACAGCUGAGUACAAGCUAAAUGCCAGGCAUACAACAACCAGGCGAUGAGACUGAACCUGAUACCAGAGACAGCAGCAAAUGCUAAUGGUGACGAUCUUGAGCUGAAGGACAUUUGUCGCAGCAAGGUUAUGACCGAUGUUAGCAGCCGCAUUAAGCCUGCUCUGCAACAACAUAAACAGAAUUUCAAGGAAAGGGUAUAUGAAACUCAGAACCAGAGGCUCAGCAAUCAGGAGGGUUAUGAUCAGCUAUCAGAUAUGGUUUCUGACCGACAACAGGAACUGCAACAGUGGGAAAAUAAAGUCGGCCAGUGUGAUAGUGAACUAGAGUAUAAAAAGAGCAGUCAGCUGCAGGAGAUGAAAGCACUGCAGGCAGAGGUAGAGGAAAUUGAGAAGAAGUCGACUACCAUGAGGUCGCAGUCACUGAUGUCAGUACAGGACCAAGAGGCAGAAUUACUGCACUACCAUGCUGAAGCAAAGGCCAUAGCAUGUGACAUGGCUGCAGACGAGGCAGUGUAUGAACGCUUCCUCACGCGCACGUGUGGUCUACUGUUAGACCACAGAGAGAGUAUUCUGUUGGCCUUGAAGAAAUAUAAGGAAAAAGUGCCAAGCGGAUCGAUGGAUAUGUAGUCUGCUCUGAAAGGGUGUGGCCAGCUGCCAUUGAACAAACAUUAUGUUACGUUCACUGGAUUACUAGGCUUUACUAGACUUUGUUACAUUCUUGUGUAUGGUUACAGCCCUAUAAACCGAAGGUCCGAUAGACCGAAGGCCCGAUAGACCGAAGGCCCGAUAGACCGAAGGUUUAUUCGAAUACGCAGU